AUGUCGUGGCGCAACCAGGGCAUCACCGGCUCGAACAACAUCCCGCUCGGCAAUCGUCGCAGGUUUGGCGGCGAAACGACGCCUUCGGAAGACAGAGAUGGCUACGACCCCUCUGCUCCCGCGACCGGUCUUUCUGACCUGAAGCGCGGCCGCAGCCCCGUUCGUGAACUCAACCCUGAUGGCACGCGCAAGCGCAAGAAGCGCAACCGCUGGGGCGAUGCCUCCGACAACAAGGCCGCUGGCCUGAUGGGUCUCACCACCGCCAUUACCGCCCACAUGACGGCCGAGCAGCUCGAGGCCUACACCCUGCACUUGCGUAUUGAGGAAAUCAGCCAGAAGCUGAGGAUCAACGACGUGGUCCCGGCUGACGGUGAUAGGUCCCCCUCGCCUCCGCCGCAGUACGACAACUUUGGUCGCCGUGUCAACACUCGCGAGUACCGUUACCGCAAGAAGUUGGAGGAUGAGCGCCACAAGCUUAUUGAGAAGGCGAUGAAAGUCAUCCCUAACUACCAUCCUCCUUCUGACUACAGGCGCCCCACCAAGACCCAAGAGAAGGUCUACGUCCCGGUCAAUGACUACCCGGAGAUUAACUUCAUCGGACUACUUAUCGGACCCCGUGGAAACACCCUGAAGAAGAUGGAGGGCGAGUCUGGCGCCAAGAUUGCCAUUCGUGGCAAGGGCUCUGUCAAGGAGGGCAAAGGUCGCUCGGAUGCCGCUCACACCAGCAACCAGGAGGAGGAUCUCCACUGUCUUAUCAUGGCCGAUACCGAGGAGAAGGUCAACAAGGCCAAGAAGCUCAUCCACAACAUCAUCGAAACGGCUGCUUCCAUCCCCGAAGGCCAGAACGAGCUCAAGCGUAACCAGCUACGUGAGCUGGCCGCUCUCAACGGUACCUUGCGUGACGAUGAGAACCAGGCUUGCCAGAACUGCGGUCAGAUCGGUCACCGCAAGUACGACUGCCCCGAACAACGCAACUUCACGGCCAACAUCAUCUGCCGCGUCUGCGGCAACGCUGGCCACAUGGCUCGUGAUUGCCCUGACCGCCAGCGCGGAGCUAGCUGGCGCAACGGCGACCGUGCCGGAGCCAGCGGUAAGAUCGGUGGUGGGGACGGCAUGGAUCGCGAGUACGAGUCCCUCAUGGCUGAGCUCGGCGGUGGUGCGCCCCAGCAUCGCAUCGAGGCCGGCCCCGGUGCCUACGAGGGCAACAACGAUAGCUACGGUGGUGGCGGCGGCGGCGGCGAUGGCGACCGUGAUGUGAGGCCCUGGCAGCGUGGCCCGACUGGUGCGGCCGCUCCUUGGCGCCAGCCUCGUGAGGAUCGCGAGCGCGGUGGAAGCGGCUCUGCUCCUCCUCCGUGGGCCAAUGGUGGUGGCCGUGGCGGUGGAUCCGACAGCUAUGGUGGAUAUGGGCAAGGUGGCUAUGGCGCCCCUCCCGCUCCCGGUGCUGGUGCUGGUGCUGCUCCGUGGCACCAGGGAUCGGCCGGCGCUCCCCCGCCACCCCCCGGCGGUCAACCGUGGGGCUACAGCUAUCCUGGUGGUUACGAUCAGGGCGCGGGUUACGGUCAGCCUCCCAUGGGUGCACCCCCAGGCCUUGGUGCUCCUCCUGGCAUGCCCUCCAUGCUGUCUGGAUUCCCGGGUGCCGGUAGCCCUCCGCCGCCGCCGCCUCCCGGUGACGCCCCGCCGCCGCCUCCUCCCAGCGACCAGCCUCCGCCGCCUCCUCCAGGCGCCUAG